CUGCAAUCGUUACUGUUCGUCGUAGGUUUUAUCCAACGGGCACUUGUUGUUGUGGAAACGAGUCAAAAUGGCGAUUUACAUGUAAAAUUACAAACGUAAAUGGAAGUAAACGGCUCUUAAAAUUGAUGUUCAACUCACCGUAAAGCUCUCAAGUUUUAUACCGUUAAUGUUUGAAGUGUGAGACGUGAACAUUCUCACAAUGGCUGAAACAAAAUCAAUGAGAGUUGUCCCAAGUGGCAAGAUUUACCGACAGAUGUUUGAAGCACAGGUUCAACUAAAUCGUAGCCUGACAAAGAUCCAGCGAGAUUCUACCACUGUUACAAAGUCCUCCCAGCUGGGUGCAAGUGUUCCGGUUGUUCAUCUGACAAAGGAUGACAUUGAACAUGGGCUCCUGGAUGAAAGGCAGCGUACCUGGGCUGAUGGCUUCCCAAAUGAUCCCUUCACUGAGAACCCUGUGGCCUACAAGCAGUAUGCUGAGUACAUUGGUUCCCAGAUGAAGGAACCAGUAAGCUCCAUUGAGGGCAGGGAAGUGAGAGGACUGCCUGAUGUUGUUGUGGCUGCCAAGGACAAGUCAAAUAUAAUUGAGCGUAUAGCGGCCAGCCGUAAGGAGAGACAUGAGUCUACCGUGGAUGAGAUGCAACAGGAGUUGAGUCUGAUCAACGCUGAGAUGGAGCCCCGCAUUUCUGAGGCCUGUUCUGGUCUCCUGCAAAGACUUGAGGAAGAUGAUAAGGAGAUAGCAAGGAAACUUGCCCGCAUAGAGACAGAUAAGGAUCUACUUUCGUUUUCUCUCAACGCUCUCAACAAUCUCUGGGCGGACAUACAGGCGCAAUCCGAGCAGCGUCAAUCUUGGAUCGUCUCCCUUGAUGACUCUCUGAAGAAGGUGGAAGACGACCGGAUGGAAAUGAUUCGUCAAGUGUUCAAGGACUAUGCAAAGACGCUGGAAAAAAUUGCUCACAUCCUGGCCCCAGAUCUACAAAGGUUCCUUGACAAGGAGUCACAGGUGAUUAACCAGACUGUGCUCAGUAACAGGCGAGCUUAUGGGGACCUUUACGUGCGACUGAUGUCUAGCGACAUUGAGAGGGAGCGUGCCCAGAACAAUGUCUGGCGUCGUAGAGUGGAUGACUGGAAAAUCCUGAAAACUGAACUGGCAAUUGAACAAUUCAGAACAUUUAUGGAGGCUGAUAGAGUUGUCUCCCCUGUGGAAGUACAGAAGCAGCUCACCUACAUGCUCAAAGAGCAGGAAAUCCUGAACCAGAAACGCCUUGAGCUUGUCAAUCAAUUGAGAGAUUUAAUGCCACCAUCUUCCACAAAGACCUCAGUAUACCACUGGAAUAAAGGAAUACAGGACAUUUCACAGGAAAUUGAUACAACCAACCAGAUACAUCUCUCCAAACUUCACAAGGAGUACGAGACUGUCUGCCAGGAUUGUUUGCAGGAAAUCGAGAGAAUCAAGCUGGAUCUGCUGGACACAGGAGUGUGCUCAGAGAGCCGUGCCAAGUCCGUGGUGGAAGAGUUUAUGAUACCGCUGGUAGGGGAGAGACAGGGAGUCUACGAGAGAAACUUAGAGACCAUGGAGAGAGCCCUGGAGGAGCAGAACAAGAUGUCUGGAGAGCAGCUGAAGUCCCUGUUCAAGUUUGCGCAAGGUGCGGCCCACGUGUGGGACGUACACGAGAUAGGGCUGGCUAGGCAGGAGCGCUCUCUACAAGAGAAACUGGAACAGUGUCGACAGACACAUGACAACCAAAACCAGGACAAAGAGGCCCAUCUGGAUAUCAUCAUGGACCGUAUGAGACAGGACGCCACAGAGAAGGCAUUGAAGGACAGCCUCACAAGGGCGCUCGAAAUGCUGGAUAAGAUCAGACAUGCUUAUGAAGUGUUCCACAGCGAUCAAGAGAACAUUGUGAAGCAAUACCCAGAUAUGGUGAAGUCUGAACUAAACAACUAUGAUGAGGCCCUAUGCAAGCUGUUCUCAUUGGAUAGGAACAAGCCGUCAGAACAAACAAGGGAAGCAACUCAAGAUAGUAUCACACCGGAUGAUACUAUUGUCGAGGAUGGGAUGGUUGGCAAGAAGAAAUCUAAGACACCUCUUCAGAAGCCCGUGAAACCAGAACAGCCCAAGGAGAUUAAGGACAUUCCAAGUGCUAUCAGUGAAGUCCUACAGACGAAGAAGGGCACCAUGUUUUACGUGCUCACGGUCGUAGGCGAGCACGGGAUCCCAGCGGAAUAUGGCGGAGUUAGCGAGAGGAGAGGACGAUCCAUGUCUGUGGUGGAAGCAACAGAUGAUCCGGCGUUCAUGACAGAGGUUUCCGGUCUGUCUGAGGAUCAGGAUUGGCGACCGGAUUACAUCAAAACCAUUGAUGUCCCGGAAAGCCUCCUUGUGGAAAUUCGUAAAAUCAUCCGGUUAAACUUCCUGAACCACCUUGAAGACUGGACAGAUCAAGCAUCAGAGCGGGCGUCCAGUGUUGUAGUUGCAAAAUGUGAGGAGCUAAACAGCGAACUUGACCUUCGUCUUCACCUGCACAAGCCUAGGGCGCGCAGAGCUGAAUACGAUGUUCACAAUGUUCGAGCAGCUGAGCUUGUGAUGCACUCUGAGAGAGUCACCCGUCACUGCAAGGGGAUCACGCAGGCGCUGACAGAGGUGCGGAACCGUUUUGUCUCCAUGACAACCGAACACAACGAGCUGGCCAGCAAGUUCCGCAAGGACAUCGAGGCACUCGAGGUGGUCUUCAUAAACGCUACCAAGGCUUCCAAACUGUACAACUUGAAGAAUCAGCUGAAUGUUGAGCUGGACAAGUUCAUGUCAGUUAUCCGCGCGUCUCUGCGUCAGUUCAGACAGCACCUUGACGAGACCCUGCAGAUGCUGAGAGAGUCUAACGCACGGUUCAUCAAGUCCUUUAAGGUAUUUAGCGAUGGUGGCAACUUCUGCCCUGAAGAGAUCGAGGACUAUCGCAAGCGUCUGGACAAGAUGGCCGCCAAUGUGGACAAGGCUGAGGGCUCCAUCAUGUCUGACCUGGAGGAUAUGGAGUCCAAACGUCUGGAGCAGGCCACCAAGGUUGCCAUGGAGUUUGAAGACAGGUUUAAGAGCCACAUGUUUGACCUGAUAUUCAUGGAGAAGAUAGCCCGCUGGCUGACCAACACGCAGGUGAAAAUCAAGGCUGAGGUGGCCGAAAGCAACACCCAUGCACAGAAGCUAGCAAAACACCUCAGCGACAUUGAGCGACGGAUUGACGCGUGCGCUCGACCCAACCUUGAUAAAGAGCAAAUCACAUCUGAGCAGCUCAAUGCCAGCCUGAAGGGAGUGUUUGAGGCUUUCCACACACGCAGCGUGUACCUGAACUGCCUGAAGGACCCCACCAUGAGACCCCCGUCCAGCGCCAUGCAGGGACCACCAGCAGUCGGGGCCAGGGUAGGCUUUGUGCAGGACACCGGCCCCACUCCCAUCAGCAAGGCCGGCAAGCAGCCAGCUGAGGACCCUUCUGUAGGGGUCAUAAAAGGGAUCAUGCGGACCAACAAGAGCAAGAUGAGGUUUGGCCUCGAUGCAGAGCUUGAUGGAGAAUAUGCACAAUCUGCUGAGGCCCGCGAGAAAGCCAAGUCAGCCAUGUCGACCACGAACACAUCUGAUCGAGGUAAAGCGUCCCAGGUUCGUCACGGUCUGUCCCCGGCCUCGGCCUCAGAGAGCAUCCACAGGAAAACCCAGUCAGCUGCGGCAUCAAGUUCGUCCAGAACCGAUUUUGGGAUGCGACGUACAAGCAAGCCAGCCAAGUACGAGAGAAAGACUGUGAUAUUUGGGGAUGCGGCAGAGGACGAAACUGACAACACAAGUCAUUUCCUGGGUAUCGUGCGGAAAACACUCAGAGAGGCACUAGAAGGACUGUUUGCUGCUUCAGAGAUGUACUAUCGUCAGAAAGGAAUGAGGCCCGUGACGAGACCCCAGGCCCUGCAGGAGACGUACGAGCUGUGUGCCGAUGUGAUUGUACAGAAACUGCAGUCCUAUUAUCAACAGGCUGACGAAUACCACAACCAGUGCCUGCAGGAGUUCCGAUCACAGUUGAGCAGUCUGGAGAAGUGGGUGGCACACAUUCCAGAAUUGGUGGUGUCUGACCUACUGAAAGACCAUGUGGAGGCGGGGCAAACCAGCAGGACAGAGCAGGAGGGCAGAUACAAGCAGCAGCUGACUGAUCUGAAAGACAGACAGAAGCAACAUGAGCAGUCACUGCGCCCCAGCCUGGGCCACCCCCAUCAGCAGGGGAUCCUGACUGAGCUGUGUAACCAGGAGACAGACAGACACAACAAGUACCUGGCUGCCGUAGAAGCUCAAACAAAGGCAUUGCAGAACAACGCAAUGGAGCACGCGCGUGUGUUCCUGGAGAGUCUCGCCAGGCUGUCUGAGAACCAGCUGCUCCAGUAUGAUAACAUGCUGGUUGUAGACGAUGUCCAGAAAGGACGUGUGGAUGCCAAGAAGUACCCUACGACAGAGCUGAUACGGAGGAGGAAUGCAGGGGAACCCCUAGAGGAUAAUGAGGACAAAAAUGCCCUACCAAGGGGCAAAAACACCUGGACAGGCAUCCCAAACAACGAGCUAGUGGCCGGAGAGAAGCCUGCCAAGGUGCAGACCACAGCCUCAGUCACCACAGCCAAGACUAGCCUGGGACACAGCGCCACCAUGACGACCAGGGACCAGGCAUACCUGGAGUACAAGGCGAAAUUCGAAGCUACUCUUCAGGAAAUAGAAGAGGAGAAGCAGCGUCUGCUGGUUGCUGAGCAGCGCUGGACUGAUAGUUGGAACACCUCGGUCCAGAAAGUGAAAAUGCUCUAUUAAAAUGAAUUGACAUUUACAUUGUUGUUUGAUAUUUAUUGUGAAUUUGGUAUAAUGUUUCAAAUCUUUGUACAUAACGAUUGAAUAUGUUUAGAUUGUUUUAAUAUGUGGAAUAAAGAAAGUUUACAAAUUAACUUAUUAUUGGAAAACCAUUAACUUAUUGUGCUUGAGAUAACUAUAAUAAUUUUAUUAUAUAAUAUUGAAGUUGGGAAAAGAUGAGAAAUGAAAUGUUUGUAAUUAUUAUUAUAUUCUCUUGGACUAGGAUUUACCAUAGGCUACUGUUCUGCCUUUGUUUGUUUUAAAAUUAAAAGUACUUCUUUUUCAUUUUUACAUUUAAUUUAAAGUGUCUAAACGUAACUUCCUUUACAUGAAAUGAGUCUCUUCACUCUACGUACAUAAUGUUUAUUGAUGAGUGUAUAUGUACUUUACCUUCAUGUUUAUUGUAUACAAAAAUGUAAUGAUCCUUUUGAAUAUCCGUCCAUUUUCAGUGGCUUGCUUGUACAUGUCUGUGGUACAGUUUAUGUAAUGCAUGAUGCAUAAAUAGUGCAGUACUAAAUACCGUUCAACUUCUUUUUGAUAAGGAAACAAUAAAUCAUAAUCCUCUUAAAAUUUAUAAAUACUAUAUAUUUAAGUAGUUAAUGCUGCAUUCGUGAGGAUAGCUGUGAUAAUUUAUGAAUUUCGUUUUAAAUAACGUGGGCAACCAGUUUGUUUUGAAAAUAAAAAUUA